AUGUGUGGUAAAACCUUUGCAUAUCUUUUCUUCCAGGUUUUGACAAGUUGUUAUGUGCUGCCAUUACAAACACAGCUAGUGAACAUCAGUGCGGCCAAUGAUGACGGUAAUAUAAAAUGAAGUUAUAUACCUCUCCACAGAAAUCACUUCAAUAUGUGCAUUGAGCCUGGAUAUUUAAAUAUUGAUCACUGGGUUGGGAUAAAACGCGGAUCUCUAGGAAGAACAGUUUAGAACUGAUAGAAUGAUCUAGUUAUUUUAGUGCAGGUUUCCUCCUGUAGUAACACUGGAUCAAUAAGGGAUGUUCCUUACUGGAUCUCUAGAAAGAACAGUUCAUAACCGAUAGAAGUAUCCAGUAUAAAUAAAGUUAUAGUUUAGUUUAGUUUGGGUUUCCUCCUGUACUGGACCAAUAAGGGAUGUUCCUUAAUGCACCUCUAGGGAGAACAGUUGAGAACCGGUAGAAUUAUCCAGUAUAAAUAAAGUUAGUUUAGUUUAGGUUUCCUCCUGCAGUAACACUGGAUCAAUAAGAGAUGUUCCUUACUGGAUCUUUAGGAAGAACAGUUCAGAACCGAUAGAGCUAUCCAGUAUAAAUAAAGUUAGUUUAGUUUAGUUUCCUCCUGCAGUAAUAUCGGAUCAAUAAGGGAUGUUCCUUACUGGAUCUCUAGGAAGAACAGCUUAGAACCGAUAGGACUAUCCAGUAUAAAGAUAGUUUAGUUUAGGUUUCCUCCUGCAGUAAUAUCGGAUCAAUAAGGGAUGUUCCUCACUGGAUCUCUAGGAAGAACAGCUUAGAAGUCUUACUAUUGUCCAAAAAUUGUUAACGGAACGAGUUGUUUUUUAUUGUUUAUAGUGUGUAAGAUUUUCUUCAAAGACCAUCAAAAUAAGAAAUGGAAUAAUAGUGAUGGAUUUUGGAGUAUCACCACCGUCUUUAAUCAAAGAGUGACUGACAACCGAGAUGGAAGACUCUAUAUUGGAGAAGAAGCCGCGAUAUUUCGUUUAUUUGUUCCUGGGUUGUAUAGUUCUAACCUUGAAACGAUAUCGUUUCAAUUACAUGGUCAUCCUCAAGUUUUCGUACGAUAUCGAGCUGAUGGCGGAGUGUAUCUGGACAGGAGUAAUGCAAGUCUGGAGUUUAGUAAGUGCAAAAAUUGUAGCUAA